AUGGCUACGGACGCCGAUCUCUUCAAGGUUGAACAAGCAUUUGGUUACACUUUUGAAAAUAAACACCUCUUGCAGAUCGCCUUAACAUCUCCGGGCGUCGAGAGAGAUAACCAUCAUGGUAACAGACUUUUGGCUCGGGUAGGCCAGGCCGCCAUGGAGAUGGUCAUCGCCCAAGCUGGCUACGAGAGCUCAGCAACAACCGCAACUAUAAAUUAUGAACAGAAUUUCAUUGACAGCAAGGCGCAGCUCUCUUUGGCAGCCGAAGAGUCCGGCAUCGUCGCCUGCAUCAAGCUCUGUCAAAGGUCGGGGCCUCCCUCGGCCCAUGUUAAGAGCCAGGCCAUGAGGGCCAUCAUCGGCGCGGCGUGGGAAGAUUCAGAUCAGUCACUGGGCACAGUGAUGGCAAUCAUCCAGAAACUCAAGAGUAAUCUGCUGAAGCCUGGGGUGAAGAUUCAUAGCGUCUCUGAAGACACAGCAGCUUCUCCCCAGUCGACAAUCGCCAGCUCCUCACGAUCUAUGCAACAAACUUGGACACCUCGUUCAGAUUUUGAUGGUUCUGAUGAACGGCCCCCCAGCUCGUCAAAUUCGGGUCUGCUGCACGUUGCCUUUGAGCUGCCGGUAAUUUCCGAUGACUUGUUUACGAUGCAGAUGCUGGGCACUGCGGCCGGGAGCGUCUACAUCAAUGCGUUAAAUAUCUCUGACGAUUACAUCGUGCCUGAUGUUAUACGGUUAGGACACCUUAAUAAUGCAUCGAACGAAUUCGACGAUAGCUUUUCAGAUUUUCAAAGUUUUCUCAUCGACGAGCCUAUCCAGUGCCAGCCCAGAGAUAUCAUUUCGUCCAAACCUUGUUCUUCUUCCUUAUCGGUUGAGGGGGAGCACUGCAGCUCUACAAUCAUAUCAACAACCGUGGGUCAUGAAUGGGUCUUGGCAGGUCGACCGGGACUCGAACAGAACGGCCCUGGCAACCCACGAAUUAUGCGGAGAUCUUCUGCUACGUCGGCACUCAUGGACAAGACAUUCCCCGAGCUGAACAAAGAUUCAAGCGAAUUCAAGCAUAAAUACGACCAGAUAAAACGGUUGGAAAAGCUUGGACGGCGCCUCAACAUGAUGACGGAGACAUUUGGAGAGGGGAUUCUUGGACUCUUACAGUGUUCCGAGGCUGAUGCUACGUUUCUCAAGAUUUCGGAUCCAAUGUUUCUUAAGCCAACGGAUCACGACUUUCGAGAAUUCUUGUCCCUAUUGGAUCGCACGCAAAGGAUGUUUAUUUACGAAUGCAGUCAAUCUACCACGCCUAUCCUGAAAUGCAUUUUGGACGGGACCCUAAAAAAGACCAAUCUCUUCCCGCUUGAGCUGAACCGGCCUGAACAGAUACUUGGAUUGCCCAAGGGCUCACAAUCUUUGCUAGAUGCUUUGACUUAUGUCCUCUAA